AUGCCGUCCGAAGAGAUCGAAAAGACCCACGAGGAUGUUCCCAGCACGCAAGGCGACGUCGAGAUGGAAGAAACCGACAAUCCCGUCCAGAUCGUAGAGUCGACAAACCCCGACGAGAGCACCGAGCGCGCUCCACCAGCGCAAAUGACCACAGCGGAGGACGUCGACGCAGAGGCAGAUCCAGCGGAGGAAGAGCGCAAGACGUUUGCCAACCACCUGAAGAGUCCCAUCGUCACCCUAAUAGUUGGCAAAAACGAGCCCGCGGUCCUUAAAGCACACCAAGCCUUCCUCGUGCGAAGCCCGUACUUUGAAGACAUUUGCAACGCCUUCACCGAAGACGGCAGCCCUCGCCAAAUCGAGCUCCCAGACGAAGAUGUCGACGCCGUCGGCUGCUUUCUCGAAUUCCUAUAUACAGAUGAAUAUUUCCCCCGCAAGCUUCCCGGCCAGCGAAGUCUCGAAAACGAUCCCUCUGUCCCCGCCGUCGACGACUCCGGCAUUCAGCUGCUCAAGCACGCGAGGAUAUAUACCCUGGCCCAGAAAUGGGGCGUCGCCGCUCUGCAGACGCUCUCUUCAUCGAAAAUCUACUGUAUUAAUUCCACGGUUAAAGGCGAGAUCGAGUAUGCGCGGUAUAUUUAUGCGCACACUGCGGCCGACGAUACCACGAUUCGUGCACCGGUGGCCAAUUUCUGGGCUACAAGAUCACAUACGCUACGGUCCGAGGCCGAGGACGAAUUCAAGGCGCUUUGUCUGGAAUUCCCGCAGUUUGGUUUCGAUAUCUUGACGCGUGUGUUGGAUGACAAGCUCAAGAGAGAGCGCAACGAGAAGUUGCACCCUUCCACUAGCAGCGUUCGCAAACGACCUCGCCACGGCAGCGGUGGUGUGUAAUAAAGUUAACAGAAAUCAUGACUCUCCAUUUACGGCCGUUCUCCUUUUUUUUUGUUCCCGGGCUUGGGUUUUGGCAUGCAGCGCAUAUACUUGGUUUUGUCUACUUGAGGCAAUAUUUGGCGCCUCUCACUGGCUCUGUGUAAGAUGAGGCAGAUUGAAUGUGAUACUGUAUUAGACCAAUUAUAUUUGCUAGCCUGGCGCAUGCAUUUGGCAUUCGCUGCGCAGGAUUUGGAUUUGAGCGUGCAUAUAAUAAACGUUGCUUAAC